GGCGUGGCUACCGUUUGAAGACUUGCCAACACAGGAAGAAGACACAACAACACAACAAAAAUGCCGAAAGCGAACAUGGCGGGCGUCGAGAAUUCUCUGCUGGUUUUGGCGCUCGGUGUGCUGUGCGUACUCACGAGCCAGGCCAGCACCACCGGGCCACGUGUGCGAGAGGUCGCUCACCGCGUGGACCGCCGCUUCGUGUCGGUCACCAUCGACGCCAGCCUCGCGCAGGACGAGCGCUUCAUGUACCUGCUCAGCUCUCGUAAAGUUCGCGCUCUGGCGAAAGCCUUGGCGCCCGCCUACCUGAGGUUCGGAGGAACCCGUCAGGACUUCAUGGAGUUCAACCCUCAGCGCGACCUCGCCUUGGCCGCUCGUCAGGCACGUGGUCCUCAAGGCGACUGGGCGGAGCUUCCUGAGUGGUGUGAAGAGCAUUUGAAGAGGCAGUGGCGGGAAGAAGAAAAGCUGCUGGCCAGACAAGACGCGAGCGGGAAGUUCCCUCAGAUCAAGUUCACAGAGGUGACGCUGGACCUGCUGCACGCCUUCGCCAACAGCUCCGGCUUGGAUCUCAUCUUUGGACUCAACGCGCUGCUCAGGAACGCCGACAACACGUGGAACAGCAGCAACGCUCGCUCGCUGCUGCGCUACUGCGAGGCCAAGCGCUACCGUGUGUCCUGGGAGCUCGGCAACGAACCAAACAGCUUUGAGAAGAAGGCGGGGAUCCGCGUGGACGGCUUCCAGCUGGGUCAGGACUUCAGUUGUCUCAGAGAGAUGAUGUCCCAGUCGCCGUGGCACCGCCACGCCGGACUGUAUGGACCCGACGUGGGUCAACCUCGCCGCCGCACCACUGACUUGUUGGAUGGGUUCCUGAGGAGCGGAUCGAAUGCUGUGGACGCGUGCACCUGGCACCAUUACUACGUCAACGGCAGAGACACGUCGCUGGAUGACUUCCUGGACCCAAAGAUUCUGGACUCUUUGACACUGCAGACCAAAGUCAUCAUGAAGGCCAUGAGGCACGUGUCUCCAGGGAAGCCGGUGUGGCUGGGAGAGACGAGUUCCGCCUACGGGGGCGGGGCGGAGGGCCUCUCGGACACAUUUGCAGCAGGCUUCAUGUGGUUGGACAAAUUAGGACUGGCAGCCAAACUGGGUGUGGCCGUGGUGAUGAGGCAGGUCUUGGUGGGUUCCGGAACGUACCACCUACUGGAUGAAAACCUGGAUCCUCUUCCUGACUACUGGCUGACGCUCCUGCACAAGUCUGUGGUUGGACGUGGCAUCCUGAGCGCCGACAUCUUCACCAAGUCAAGCAGACGUGUGCGCCUCUACCUGCAUUGCGCCGCCAUCCGCAGGUACGCCAGAGGCGCACUCACACUCCUCGCCAUGAACCUCGGCAAGAUGCCGGCCAAGGUUGCCGUCCCAACGUGGCUGGCAACGAGCGCCGUGGACGCCUUUGUGCUUCAGUCGGAGCGAGAAGGCAAAGACGGCCUCCUGUCCAGGUCCGUGAUGCUGAAUGGCAACCUUCUCAAGUUGGCAGAGGGCGGAACCCUCCCGCCUCUCAGAGGCGAUCGGCUGCCAGCUGCAGAACACCUUCAACUUCCUGCUUUCUCUCUUGCCUUCUUCGUCUUCACGGACGCGCAACACCAGGCCUGCACCUCGCGACUGCAACCUCGUCUUGGUGCUCAGGUGACCUCCUAGACUGGCUGUCAAACAUGUCUCUGUUUUUCAUUCUCUGUUCUGCCUAGCAACAAGGACUCGUUAUUUGAUAUGGCUUAUUCUGCCUAGCAACAAGGACUCAUUAUUUUAUAUGGCUUAUUCUGCCUGGCAACAAGAGAGAGAGACUUCUAUAUGGCUUAUUCUGCCUGGCAACAAGAGAGAGACUUUUAUAUGGCUUAUUCUGCCUGGCAACAAGAGAGAGAGACUUUUAUAUGGCUUAUUCUGCCUGGCAACAAGGACUCGUUGUUUGAUAUAGCUUAUUCUGCCUAGCAACAAGGACUCAUUAUUUUAUAUGGCUUAUUCUGCCUGGCAACAAGGACUCGUUAUUUGAUAUGGCUUAUUCUGCCUAGCAACAAAGACUCAUUAUUUUAUAUGGCUUAUUCUGCCUGGCAACAAGAGAGAGAGACUUCUAUAUGGCUUAUUCUGCCUGGCAACAAGGACUCAUUAUUUUAUAUGGCUUAUUCUGCCUAGCAACAAGGACUUGUUAUUUGAUAUGGCUUAUUCUGCCUAGCAACAAGGACUCAUUAUUUUAUAUGGCUUAUUCUGCCUGGCAACAAGAGAGAGAGACUUUUAUAUGGCUUAAUCUGCCUGGCAACAAGAGAGAGAGACUUUUAUAUGGCUUAUUCUGCCUGGCAACAAGAGAGAGAGACUUUUAUAUGGCUUAUUCUGCCUGGCAACAAUGAGACUUUAUUGUUUGGCAACAACAGAGAGACUUUGGAUGGUCUAUUCUUCCUAGCAACAAGAGGGAGAGGCCAUCUUCACUCUUCCCGCUCUUCGCCAUGAGUGAUGAUGUAACACAAAGACUUGUAGUCCAAGUUUCCCGAUGAGUCGAUGUUGGACGACUGGAACAUCUGCUUGACCUGAACACAACAAGCCACUGACUGAGACGCCAGUGGAGACCAGUGAUCACCACAAGUCAUAGCAGUUACCUCCUCCUCUGUGAACUUGUCAGCUUGUGUUGUGAGUAAUUGAUGUAAACUGGAAGAAAAAGAUGGACAGGAGUCAAAGGUGCACAUGGUGAAACGUCAACAGGAAGCGAGCGCUCACUGGUCUUUGUGGAUGAAACCUUUGGCGUCGGUGUCGAACAUCUUGAAGGCGUUGAGGAUGGUGUCUUCCGGGUCGGUGCCUAGCAGAACAAAGGUCAUUGCCAUGGAAACAGCGGCGGGCUUCCUCUCUCACCGUGAAGCUUUCCUCCAAACAGAGUGAGGAACAUGGUGAAGUUGAUGGGACCGCUAGCUUCUCUCAGCAUCUCCUCCACUUCCUGGUCCUUCACGUUGGCUUUGCCUGAGCAACACACGCUAACCUUAGCACUGACUGCUAACACGCUAACGUGCUGGCGUGCUGGCACACACCCAGAGAGGCGUACGUGUCCUUCAGGUCCUCCUUAUCGAUGAAGCCAUCUCGGUUCUGGUCCAUGAGGGUGAAAGCCUGAUGGAGACAAAACGUGUGUGAGGACGGGACUGGGACCAGGCCAGAAGGUCAAGGUCACCUUACUUCUUUGAACUCCUGGAUCUGCGUCUGCUCAAACAUGGAGAACACGUUGGACGACGCUCGCUGGGCCCGUUUGGCUCCGCCUUCUUUCUUCUUGGUCUUUCUGCUGGCCUGAAAGGAUGACAUGAUGCUGACUGACCUCUCUCUCUCACACGCAUGCACACAUACGCACACAGCCGCCAUGUUGUCCAAAGCGCCACUGGGAAUAUAUGGAUAUUUCUGUUAAGCAUACGGAUGGAUUUGAUGCUGGGGUGUCAUGUUUCAAGAUGGCCGCCGAGUGCUAGCUAGUUAGGGUGUUUUUAGUGCAGAAUAGGGCUUUAUUCCUACUUCCUUAUGUUUUUUGGUGCCAUAGCGCUCCCUUACGCUAAUGUGCAGUUAUGGAUGUUCAUCUUAGCUUGCCGCUCCACUGUUUACCCUGGGGGGCAGCUGUUAGCUUCGAACGCCCCUUCGCUACGCCGAGGGACCAGACAUCCCUGCGGAGGUGCGGAGGAGGAGAGGCCGCAUAGCGGGAAUAGCGGAAGGGAAGAGGGUAUCCCUUAUCCACCAUGGUUAGCGGGAAUAGCGGGAGGGAAGACGCUAUCCCGUAUCCACCACGGUUAGCGUCUUGGUCUUGGGGAACGUGGGAUGGAAGCGCCGACCCGACUGCAGACUAGCGUGACUGCAGCAUUAGAUUCAACUUAUACAAUAUAAUAUACAAAAUACAAUAUACUCUUAUUUCAGCAUUCUUUACAUUUCAAUAAAAUGUUGCACUCAAAAUUGGCUUUGACUUGUCUAAAGUGUCUUUAUGUAAAAAAUAGGGGUAUGUAAGUAUAUGGCAUAUGGAUUCAACCUACAAAGUAUGUCAGGAUAUGAGUGUUGGUCCAUAUGAGGAAUAAUACCAGAAGAACAAUAAACCUAAGUAUUUGAUUGAAGGAUGGCCCCUCUUGGGCAGCACUGCUGCAACAACCCGGCAACAUAUUAAAAAUGAAGAAGAAGAACGUACCAUGUCUUCAGAUGUCUUCACGGGGGUGUGAGGAUGCGCCCCCCCCACUCAAUCCUGCAGCUUUUAUAUAGAGCAGCUGCCAGCGUGCACAUGUCAUGUGAUGAUAAGUCGUGUCAGUGGGGACGUCUCUGUCCUCACAAAAUGUCCGUAAAUGGACCUGACCCAAAAGAACCAUCACUUCUCUGGAGGCUUCCAAGUCACCUUUGACCCCUCACCU